AUGGAAGGCCGCGGUUUGACUCUGCGGAAGAAAUCCCGCCGCCAGCGACCUACUCGCCCUGAAAUUGCUUCCGAUGUCCGCCAGCCUGCCAUCCCCGCGGCCGCAGACCGAGCGCCCCCGAAUGAUGCCACAUCGGACUUGGUGAAACGACGUUAUUCGACCCGAUUCAACAUCCCAUCCGACGUGAGUAGAAAUGCACCUCCUGUACCAGCCCUUCCUCCUCCCAUGCCGGGUGGUGGGUACGGUGGGUUACCGUCCACGGCCCCCCAGAAACCGUCCAUGGGGGAUGGCCCGGCGCCUGCGCCUCAGGUUGAUCUGAACGUGCUACGCGAUCCGAGCUUGCCUGUGGAACGAUAUGUGACCAGUCUCCUUGCCAAUGCGUCCGAAGAGGAAAUCCAGAAAUACCAAGAAAGCCUUCGCAAAGUGAAGAACCGCACUUCCACCGACCUGCAGCAGAAUGUGUACCAGAACCGUACUCAAUUCAUCAAAAUCAGCAAAGAGGCCGAGAAGUUGAAGGACGAGAUGCGCACGCUUAGGACUCUCAUGGCGGAUCUGACAAGUGCGCUGGGACAGACAACCGUGGGCAAUGCUCCUAAUCCGAUGUCACCAACCGACGACCACUUCCCCAAACGGAAUGCAAAUCGAAGCUCGGUGGCCAACUUGGAAAGCAUGUGGAGCGUUCAGCUACAGACCUUGUGGAAAUCGGUGGAAGGCUCCCAAAAGUUCCUCCCAGCGGUGCCCGGUCGGCAUAUCGUGCUUGAAACAGGCAACUGGGCAGAGCUGGACUCGGCAACAUGGAAGCCCCGCCGGCCAGUACAUAUUGUUUUGUUGAAUGAUUAUCUCCUGGUCGCCGCGAAGAAGCGCAAGCGAGUCGAUCAAAAUCACCCGAAUCACCGUGGCCCAGUCCCAACGAAACUGGUAGCAGAAGAAUGCUGGCCUUUGCAGGAUAUUGAUAUGAUCGACCUGGCAGCUAAUCUGGGGACUGGCGCUGCCCGCGAAGAGGCCUUGGAUCGGGGAAUCGGCAACGCCAUCAGCAUUCGUGUGGGGUCCAAGCCGUUUACUUAUCGUCAAGAUAAGAGAGACACGUCAACCAAGAAUGAGCUUCUGGCAACGUUCCGGAAAACAGUGGAAGACCUGCGACGUACCCUCCGCUCCGAGACAGAAGCCGCCAGCAACCCCAGGGAAGCAUACGGGUAUCUUUCAGGACGUCACCUUUCAUAUUCCCAGCAGCCCGAGCAAUUUGACCACAACGACAGCCCUCGUGAUACGUCAGAUUUGCGUAUAGACGUCGAUGGCAAGCAACAGAACCUGCGUUGGGUAGAGGGUCAGGUCGAUGAACUUGACAUCGACAUUGCGCUGCAGCGGUUCGAGGCUGCUGUUUCCAGCAUCGAACGGCUCCGGAAGCUGGCUAAGAGCCUCAAGGGCAACUCGAUUGCCCAGGAUGUGAUCAAUGCCAAGGUUGACGGACGAGCAACUCGGCUGGCCGGUGUGCUCUCACGUGCUCUGGUUGAUACCAAUUCCUUUCCCAUGGCGACGAAGACCAACGUAACAUGGCUGAGCCGCUUGGGCUUUGAGGACCAAGCUCGGGAGACAUACCUCAACGCUCGAUCCGAUGUAGUUGCGAAGCGUAUUCGGGCUUGCGUCUUCGAGGGUGAUCUGCCCCUUUACAUCUUUCAGAUCUCGUUUGUUUACUUCACCCUCAUCAAGAAUACGGUCAGCAUAUAUCAACAGUGCUUCUCUGGUGUAAUGAGCAGUUCUUGCAUCCGCUGGGCAAAGCAUCAUUUGGAUGGGUUUAAUGACUUGCUCAGCCGCCAGCUCAGCAGCGUCCAGCGCGGCACUGCAGUCUGGCAAAAAUGUUUGGAUAUCGUGCAUGAGCAUGCGGCUCAGCUGACUGAGGUUGGCGUGGACUUUACCGAUCUGGUUGCGCGGGAUUUGGACCAGGAUGACCAUAGCCCUGCCAGUCGAACUGUUCAGCCUGGGGAGCUGGCAAAAGAAGCUGCGAUGGAUCAACUACUUUAG